UCUAAGGGCUUUUUUGUUAAGUCAAUAGGAUAAGAUAUCAAUAGAAUAAGCAUGAAAAAACUGCAUACGCCGCAUAUUAAGAAUGGCAAAUAAUUAUUAUUGAAGUAGAUUGGGAAGACGACGAACGGUGCGAGAGAUCCUGCUAUUCUACCCAUGGCCAUUGUUGUUCCGACUCCUAAUGAUCGAUAUAGAGUAUGAU